AUGAGCGUUGCUAAAGCUAAAGGAGCACAGAAGACCGUUCAAAAGGGAGUCCACAACAAGGUUGCCAAGAAGGUUCGUACUUCUACCACCUUCCGUCGCCCCAAGACUCUUCAACUUCCUCGUAAGCCCAAGUACGCUCGUAAGAGUGUUGCUCAUGCCCCUCGUCUUGAUGAGUUCAAGAUCAUCCUCAACCCUCUCAACAGUGAAUCUGCUAUGAAGAAGAUUGAGGACGACAACACUCUCGUCUUCAUUGUACACAUGAGAUCCAAUAAGCACACCAUUAAGGACGCUGUUCGUAAGCUUUACGACGUUGAAGCCGUCAACAUCAACACUUUGAUCCGUCCCAACGGUACCAAGAAGGCUUUCGUCAAGCUUUCCGCUGAUGCCGAUGCUCUUGACGUUGCUAACCGCAUUGGUUUCCUUUAA